CAUUUGCCUCUGGAAGAGAUGUCAGCGAAAGUUUUGAUUCUCGAUGUGAGCAGCAGAGUGAUCAUAAGCCAAACCUACAUCAACCCUUCAGACCAUCCUACCAGUAAGGCGCGGUACUAUUUCCCGGUGCCCUCUAGUGCUGCUAUAUGCUCUUUCGAAAUGCAAACUUCCAGGGGCAGAGUUAUCACCGGUAUCUCAAAAGAGAAGUCCCAGGCUCGCGAAGAGCAUGAGCGGGCAGUUGCAAGUGGAAAUUUCACUGGAUUGUUGGAAUGGGUUACAGAUGACAUCUUCACAAUCUCUAUCGGCUCCAUUCUACCAAGGGAAACAGUGGUAAUAAAAUUGGUUUUCGUUAUGUGUCUCAUGAACGAUUCUCGCGAGGAUUCGAUCCGCUUCCAACUGCCGAUGUAUGUUGGCGAAAGAUAUGGGCCGCCGCCUCCAGAUCUAGUUUCUGCAGCAACAGCUUCCGCAAUUACCCGGAUUCGCGUCAAGGUCGACGUUCAGACCAGUGGUGAGAUCCGACAUAUCACCAGUCCAACACACUCGGAUGAAAUAUCUGAGCAGAAGUAUGCUACCGAUCGCGGUCGUCCGUCUCGUCGUAGGACGACGGUCAGGUUCCGUUCGAAGAAAUUCCUAGCCAGGGAUUUUGUUCUCAUAGUGCAAGCUGAUAAGCUUGAUGCGCCACGCUGCUUCGCCGAGGUUAUUCGAGGUCGUGGCAGACAGCAGGACGGCACACUUGCUCUGCAGUUCACAAUAGUGCCGAAGCUCCAUUUGCCUUCCAUCAGUGCUCAGGAAUAUUUAUUCCUCGUGGAUAGAAGCGGCAGUAUGUCUGGCGACCGGAUUGAAACUGCAAAGCAUACAUUGGCACUCCUGUUGCGGGUGCUCCCGCAGCAGGGUACAACAUUCAAUAUCAUGAGUUUUGGCCACAGCGUCACUGGAUUAUGGACCAGGAGUCAGGCUUAUAGUCAACUUACACUUGAUGAUGCCACGACACACAUUGACGAAAUGGAAGCCAAUUAUGGGGGCACGGAGAUUCGUCAAGCUUUGAAGUUCACCUUUGAAUCUCGCCAACAUCAGCAUCCUACCGUAAUCUUCAUUCUGACUGAUGGAGAGGCCCAUGACAUCGAUGGAACAACGCAGUUAGUUCGUGACACUGUACAAGGUUCUCGUGCCCCACUUCGAGUAUAUACCCUAGGAAUAGGGACAACUGUUUCCUCUGCAAUGUGCGAAGGCAUUGCUCAGGCCGGAAACGGUGUGUGCCUUUUUGCAACAGCAGCGGAGGACAUCAUGGGGAAAUGUGCACACCUCGUUCGGGCGGGUCGAACUUCGUUGUUACAGGACGUUACAAUAGAUUGGGGCAUUCCAGACCAGUCCUUGGCAUCCCCUCUAUCUGUCAACUUUUCUACGUCGGGAUCCACAGAUCCAGUGAUCCUACGCCCUCCACCUGUGCUUCAACAAGCGCCUACAGUAAUCAGCGAUAUCCAUGCUGGAGUUCGUCUUGUCGUUUAUGCUAUCCUGCGGGUCAGAGGGGCUGUUGCUCCUACAGCAGUCACCCUUCGUGGGCGCUACCAUGACACCCAUGAACCAUUUGAGCUUUCAGUCCCAAUACGUCUCGGUCAACUUGUUGACUCCGAUAAGAAAUAUCCCAUGGUCCAUACUCUAGCUGCCUGGUGGUUGAUUCAAGAGCAUGAAGCCAGAAUCGCGCCCCUCCCCAGGCCUAUUCCGUUCGACCGAAACAUUUCUGACUCGGAUAUACGGAAAGCCGCCAUCAUCAGACUUGGAACGGAACAUCAGCUUGCUAGCCGACACACGUCCUUUGUCGCGGUCGAUCCUUAUGAAAGACCUCACCGGAAUUUCUCUGAGCGGACCAGUGUUGGUGAUGCACGUACCACCGCUAAUGGUAGAACGUCCGGUUUUCAAAACUUAUUGUCCGGAAUCACAAAUAUGUUUUCUAGUGUUGUGAAUGCUCUUUCGAGCUCUGCUUCUAGAAACAAUCAGGUUGUACCUAGCGCUUGGCCUAAUGAAUCGUCUUCGGCCAUCUCUUUCCCGAGCUCAAGGUCAUCCUCUAACGAUCGCCUUGGUCCGUCAGAGGAUGACGGGUACGAGACGUACUCAACCAUGAGCUCCCUCGAGGAUUCGAGCUCGGAGUGGUCAGAAUGGAACGAUAUCCCACCUAUGUCUGAGGAAGAUAUUCACCUCCAGCGAAGUCCGUCUCCACAGUAUGAGCACACAAGCUUGGCUCCGGAAGCAGAACGCGAUAACCUUCCACAUUCUAUACAUCCAGCCCCUCCACCGGAUGCACCUUCUCCCGUGUCAUCUGACAUUAUCAAGCUGAUGCGAUUGCAGCAGUUUGAUGGAUCUUUCAAACUGGAUGAUUCCCUCCGACGAAUAGUUGGGGAACGCGAGGUCUGCGAAGUGCCUGUCGAUGAAACGACAUGGGCCACAGUAUUAUACGUUGCCUUUUUAACGAAACAUAUGAACGACCAGAAGGAGCUACGGGACGAUCUCUUGAUGAAAGCCCUUGAAUUUCUAGAU